AUGGCUACCAGGGCCGAAAUCGCAGCGGCGGGUACAGCGGAGGUGGCGGCGGGCGCAACGCUGGAUAUUACGACGGACCUCCUGGCGGCGGCGGCGGCAGACAAGGAGGAUAUUCAGAUGAUAGCGGCGGCUACCGGGGCGGCGGGAGCGGCCGGAGAGGGCGGGGGCGGCGGCGGCGGCGGCGCGCCGGGCGCCGCGCGAUACCAGCCACGGCCGCGCGACUCGCUGCCGGACGACGUCGCCGCGCUGACCGAGCUCAAGCAGCACACCAAGCCGGUGACCUGCAUGUGCCUGGACACGGCCAGCCAGCAGCUGUACACAGGGGCGCAGGAUGGGCUGGUGUGCGCCUGGAGCUGCGCAUCGGGGCAGCUGGUGACGUCAGCAGACUGUGGCAUGCCUGUGGACACGCUGCUGGUGGAGGCGGGUUUUCUGUUUGUGGCCGUCAGCCAAAAGCACGACAGCGCCAUCAAGGUCUGGAACUUGGGGGCGGGAGGGGCGAUGCACGUGCUCACGGGCCACACGGGCCAGGUUUUGGCUCUGGCCGUGUCGCCGCAGAGUGGUCUCCUUUUCAGCGGUGGCCUCGAUGCCAGCAUACGCGUCUGGGAGCUCAACGCGGCCUCCGGCGCCUUCAGCCAGCGCGCGGCGCUGACCGCUGACAGCGGCGGCGGCCACCGCGCGGCGGUGCACGCACUGCUGGUGGCGGGGCAGUUCAUGUUCAGCGGGGACCGCGCAGGAGAGGUCAAGGUCUGGAACCUGGGGGACGGGACGUGCUGCCAGACGGUCGAGAGGGCGCACGACGGGCCGAUCAUGAAGAUGCUGGUCUGGGGGGAGAACUACCUCCUGACAGCCUCCAUGGACGGCUCCAUCCGCUGCUGGUCCCCGGGCGCCGGCCUGGGCGCGCUCCCGCCGGCGGUCAUCAACCCGGAGCCAGAGUUCACAUUUGCAGGGCACGAGGAGGAGGGUGCUGGCGGCGGCGGCGGCGGCGGGCGGCCUAACCAGUAUGUCCGUGGACGGGACCCGCGGCCCGCGAUCCUGUCCAUGUGCACCACGCUGGACGCCGCCCAGAGCAGCGUCCUGAUGGUGUCUUACGUCAACGACAGGGCGGUGCGGCUGUACGACCUGCCCAGCUUUGACGCACGCGGCUGCCUCCCCAAUGUGCACGAGUGCCGCGCAAUGCUGACCUUGCCAGACGCCAGCACCAUGCUGGCCGGGGACAAGAACGGCAGUGUCAAGAUCUUCCAGUGGAAGGCCCCACCCAUGGCCUCAUAA